UAGGCCUUGGCCUAGUAGAGGGGCGUUCCCGUAGGCAUUGCAAGAGUUCCCCAGAGCCGAGCCAGAGCCAGGCCCCUAGCCCUUAUAUACUUUGACUUCGUGGACAUGACAUGACAGGAGAUGGCUCUGAAAAUAAAAGAAAUAAGUGCAAAAUUUGGCUGGGAAGGAGGUCCCCUUGACCGUCUCUAUGUGGUUGUUUCCUUUGAAGGAAAGGAGAGACGGACAACCACAGAGAGACUGAUACAUUGGAGCCGGGGCCUACCGAUGUGUACUGUGGACUGGAAUGAGGAGUUAGUGUUUCCACUGAAGGAACCCUUGCAGACCAGCGGUACCCAAUCCCUCAAGCUUGACUUGUACCGAAAUAACAUUACAAUGAGAAAAAAGUUUGUUGGUACAUUGGAUAUCCCACUUGGUCUUCUCGCAAAUGGCAGAUACCAAUCCCCACCACUCUCUUUAAAGAACAAAGAGGGGGAGUCACUGCAGUCUACAGUCAGUGUGACAGUGGAGUAUGAUCCCACUAGCAGUCCUUCCAAGGAGAUACAUGAUGGGUCCCUCACACUAAGAGAGGUGAGAACUGCCAUGUGGGGUGCUCGUGCUGAAUGGUACAACCUAGGGCUUGCGUUGGGACUACCAAUGGAAACACUAGAGGCUAUGAAAGACCACCAUACCUCAAAUAAUCGCUUUAUUACAAUGCUUGGAGAAUGGCUACAGUCCUCGCCUAACCCCACCUGGUCUGAUCUGGUUGGAGCCCUGAGGUUACCACUAGUUAACCGCCCUUUCAUUGCUGAUGAGAUUGAGGUCAUGUACAUCAAGAGUGAUGACUCCUCAGUGCAGGAAAGCAAGGACACAGCAGGGUCUCUCACACUAGGAGAGGCAAGAUCUGCCUUGUGGAGUGCUCGUGCUAGAUGGAAGAGUAUGGGGUUUGAGUUGGGUCUACCAAUGGAAACACUAGAGGCUAUUGAAAAGGAUCUCCGUACCUCAGAAGGUCGCUUAACUGCAAUGCUUAGAGAAUGGCUCAAGUCCUCACACAACUCCACCUGGUCUGAGUUGGUUGCAGCCCUGAGGAGGUCAGCAAUCAUUAAUCGUCCUGACAUUGCUGCUGAGAUUGAGGUCAAGUACAUCAAGGGUGAUGACUCCUCAAUGCAGGAAAGAAAGGACACAGCAGGGUCCCUCACACUAGGAGAGGUGAGAACUGCCUUGUUGGAUGUUCGUGGUGAAUGGUACUACACCCUGGGGCUUGUGUUAGGUCUACCACCCAAAACAGUAAAGGAUAUUCAGAAGGACCACCAUACUCCAGGAGAUCGGUUCGCUACGAUGCUUGGAGAAUGGCUCAAGUCCUCACCCAACCCCACCUGGUCUGAUCUGGUGGAAGCCCUGAGGUCACCAGACAUUAACCGUCCUGACAUUGCUGCUGAGAUUGAGGACAAGUACAUCAAGAGUGAUGACUCCUCAGUGCAGGAAAGCAAGGACACAGCAGAAAGAGAGCAGCCGCAACAGGGUCGAGUUCAACCUCUUAAUAGGUCCCUCACACUAGGAGAAGCGAGAGCUGUCUUGUGGGACGUUCGUGUUAAUUGGUUCAACCUGGGGCUUGCGCUGGGUCUACCACACAGAACACUACAGGCUAUUGAUAAGGACCACCGUGCCUCAGAAGAUUGCUUCACUGCAAUGCUUGGAAAAUGGCUCCAGUCCUCACCCAACCCCACCUGGUCUGAGCUGGUUAAAGCCCUGAGGUCACCAAGUUUUAACCGUCCUGACAUUGCUGAUGAGAUUGAGGACAAGUACAUCAAGAAUGAUGACUCCUCAGUGCAGGAAAGCAAGGACACAGCAGAAAGAGAGCAGCCGCAACAGGGUCGAGUUCAACCUCUUAAUAGGUCCCUCACACUAGGAGAGGUGAGUGCUACCUUGAGGAGUGUUCGUGGUCUUUGGUACCACCUGGGGCUUGCGUUGAAUCUACCAUUCGAAACACUAGAGGAUAUUAGGAACAACCACCAUACCACAGAAGGUUGCUUCACUGCAAUGCUUGAAGAAUGGCUCCAGUCCUCACCUAACCCCACCUGGUCUGAUCUGGUUGAAGCCCUGAGGUCACCACGCAUUGGCCAUCCUGACAUUGCUGCUGAGAUUGAGGUCAAGUACAUCAAGAGUGAUGACUCCUCAGUGCAGGAAAGCAAGGACACAGCAGGGUCUCUCACACUAGGAGAGGUGACAUCUGCCGUGUGGGGUGUUCGUGGUGAAUGGUUUGAGCUGGGGCGUGUGUUGGAUCUAUCAUACAGAACACUUACGACUAUUCGGGAUAACCACCGUACCUCAGAAGGUUGCUUCACUGCAAUGCUUGAAGAAUGGCUCCAGUCCUCACCCAACCCCACCUGGUCUGAGCUGGUUAAAGCCCUGAGGGUACCACUAUAUUUUAACCGGCCUGACAUUGCUGAUAAGAUUGAGGACAAGUACAUCAAGAGUGAUGACACCUCAGUGCAGGAAAGCAAGGACACAGCAGAGUCCCUCACACUAAGAGAGGUGACAGAUGCCUUGUGGAGUGCUCGUUAUAAAUGGAAGAGUCUGGGGCGUGUGUUGGGUCUACAAUCCAGCACAAUAGAGGCUAUUGAGAAGCACUACUUAGUUGGAGAUUACCUCACUAUAAUGCUUGAAGAAUGGCUCCAGUCCUCACCCAACCCCACCUGGUCUGAUCUGGUUAAAGCCCUGAGGUUACCAAUCAUUAACCAUCCUAACAUUGCUGCUGAGAUUGAGGACAAGUACAUCAAGAGUGAUGACUCCUCAGUGCAGGAAAGCAAGGACACAGCAGAAAGAGAGCAGCCGCAACAGGGUGGAGUUCAACCUCUUAAUAGGUCCCUCACACUAGGAGAAGCGAGAGCUGUCUUGUGGGACGUUCGUGUUAAUUGGUUCGACCUGGGGCUUGCGUUGGGUCUACCACACAGAACACUACAGGCUAUUGAUAAGGACCACCAUACCUCAGAAGAUCGCUUCACUGCAAUGCUUGGAAAAUGGCUCCAGUCCUCACCCAACCCCACCUGGUCUGAGCUGGCUAAAGCCCUGAGGUUACCAAUUGUUGACCGUCCUGACAUUGCUGAUGAGAUUGAGGACAAGUACAUCAAGAAUGAUGACUCCUCAGUGCAGGAAAGCAAGGACACAGCAGCCUCUGUUGAAGAGCAGCUGAAAUACGAACACAAGCUGAACGAGUUGCUGACAGAUAAGAAGAACACCAUCAACCUUCGCUACCUUAAACUGUACCUAAUCGGCCUUUCAGGGCUCGGCAAAACCACCUUCCGAAAACGUCUGCUGGGUCAUAUACUUAACCUGGCAUCAAUCCCACCACAAGACAGAGAACGCUGUAGCACUCUUCUUGCCGAGUGUAAUCAAGUCCUGGCUGUGUCAAGUGACUCCAAAUUGAUUCUCAAAGCCUCCACAGAUAUUGACAAUGAAACACAACUGAUUUUCGCUUACUUGAUUGGCCUUCAGCAAGUUCUAAAUGCUGCCAUUUCCAAAGCAGUCGAAUCUGCUGAUCCAACAAAUGAUCCCAUUGAUGAUUUAAAGCUAAAAGAAGAUAUUCAUCCCACAGAUGAAGUGGAUUCAAGCAAAAAGCAUGGAAGCAAACAACCCAAAUCACAGACUCUAGAAACCAAUGUUGACACAAACGAAGCUCAGCCCACAGAGGCAAGUACAAAGCAAGUUCCCCAGGAAGAAGCAAGCAAGCCAGCCAAACCAAAGGCUCCAGAAACAAAGGUCCACAAGAUCAUUGAAAACCUUCGAAAUAUUGUCAAGCGAGGCAAUUACAUGGAACAGUUGUUGGGCAAAGCUUUGCUCAACAUCAUCGACAUAGGUGGACAGCCUGCCUUUUUAGAGAUGCUUCCAUUUUUGAGCAAGGGCCCGGGGAUGUUUCUCGCUUUCUUCCCUCUCGAUAAAGAUCUCGACGAGCUUUAUGAAGUUUCUUACGAACGUGACCAAGACAAAAUCACCCCCUACCAAGCAAAGUAUACGAUUCGAGAGACCCUCUCCCAAAUUCUUUCAGCCAUCAGCCAUCACGUCACAGUUGAUUCGGAUCUUGAUUCCGAGAUUGCCGAUAAAGUUGAACAUUUCCGAAAUCUUCAGGCUGUCGUGAGUCUAGUGGGCACUUACCAAGACAAGUUAGAAAUUCAAGCCAAGACAGAAGUCGUUCAGGCAAAACUCAAGGUGAAUUACCCGGGUCUUGACGAAAGCACCCUGGGAGCCGCAAUACAGCUGAUUCUGGAGGUGCAGCAAGAAGUUGAAUCUGAGCAGAAGGUGGAGGAGAUCUUUUUCGAAUUAGAGGCAGAGGUUGGCAAGCAGCUAGAAUUGGAUUCAUUUUCAAAAAACCUAGUGGAACAUAUGGAGCAAAAAGCAAAGGCGAAGGCUACCACUGAAAAACAGCAGAAACCACCCACACCACAAGAGGAUACCGAAUUGCAAAGCAAAGUGGAAGUUCUCGAGAAAGCUCUACCUCCUGAAAUCAAGAACAGAUUCACAACCAAUAUUCAACUUCUGCUCCAGAUGAAGCAAUGUAACGAAACCCUCUCCAAGCUAGCAAGUGCAGUUGAUCAGUUGAGCACAGAUUCUACCAUUCAAGCCGAAACUGAAAAGCGUUUGCAGGAAAAACUCCAAGAGAAGCACGAAGCCUUAUCCACCAUUACUUCACAUUUUGGUGAUGUCAUCAGCCACCCAGAUGACAGUCACUUCUUCUCUGUGGACAACUUCAAUGGCACAGAUGCUGACAUUGAUCCGAUUCGUGAACACCUUCAAACAGUAUUUGACACGUUUUUUGAAGAUGCCAAUCUCCGGAUUCGCCCUGUACAGCUCCUUUUUGGGGUUAUUCUGAGAAAAGAAUUUGAAAUUGCGACGAUGGAAGAGUGUAUUCAGAUUGGCAAAGCAUUGCAGAUGGAUGAAGAGGAGGUGAAGUUCACCAUUUGGUAUUUGCACCAGUGUGUGGGGGCCCUUCUCUAUUACCCUGAUAUCGAGGACAAGGAGUCUUACUUCAAAAACCGUGUCAUCUGCAGCCCCAAUGUUGUCUUCAACAGCAUCAGUCUCCUGAUUGUCGAAUCUCUUCUAUCUCUACACUCGACUGAUAGGAAGUGUCGUUUCACUGCUGCCGAGAUCAAGAGGUGGCAAGAACUGGGGCAAUUCUCGAUUGCUACGAUUAAACGCUGCUGUUCUAGUUUGAACAAGGCAAAAGUGAAGGAAGGUGAUUUGAUCCCGGUCGACAAGCUUGUGAAGUUGCUUGAGCAUGUCAGUCUCCUUGCACCCAUAGUUGGUAAAGGUCCCCAGCCAGUCUACUUCAUGCCAGCUAUCCUCGAGUGUGCCUCAAAAGAAGAGCUUUCAAAUGCUCCUGCCAUCGACUCCAAUACACCCUCUCCAAUCAAGAUCACCUUCGAGUCUGGCUAUGUGCCCAUUGGUGUCUUCUGUGCCAUGAUCAGCAAGUUGGUUUCCGAGGGACAAAAAAUAAUUUUGGGGCUGAAAUGGAAUCUGCGAGAAUCUCGUGUCAAGAGAAAUCUAGUUUCUUUCAAUGUCAAUAGUGCCGAACACCACAUCACGCUGGUAGCCCACGCCGACUGUUACGAGAUUCGAAUCACCAGAAAAUAUGAUUGUGACAUGCAUGAUCUCUGCUCCUAUGUGCUGACUACCGUCCUGUAUGUGAUGAGCGGAAUUAGCAAGAAGAUCGAGCCGAUUAUUGCAUUCGAUUGUCAGUGCCCAAAGCAUCAAAACGCUGAAGAAAUGAGUUUGUGCCAGUUGAUGGAGGGUCACAGUCCUUUCUUUCAGUGUGGGGAUGAUCGUAUUUUUCUACUACCACAUCAGGAAUGUUGGUUUGCAAAGGAAGUUGAGUUGAAUGAGGAAGCUGUUCUUGAUGCCCUCCCCUUUACUAACCCUGGUGUCACAAGCCUCUCCUUCGAGUGGACCAAAAAUAGCAAGAUGGUGGCAGAUAAAUCAGUGCUCACUGUGGACAAAGUGACGAGGGAUCAUUGCGAUGGGUUCUACACUUGUGAAGUAUCCAAGAACAAGCAGCUCUGCUUCAAAGUGCACCACUGCUUGAGAAGUAUCAGUGAGCCCACAGCUACAGGUGGUGACAUAACUUUCUAUGCUGUCAAAAUUGCUACUUGGGAUGCUCGUGCAAAGUGGGAUUUCCUGGCCUCUAACUUGGGUGUAGAUAAUGGAACUAUUGAUAGUAUCAGAGAGACUAACUACAAUAACACGGAGAAGUGUUUUGUUGCAAUGCUGAAGGCCUGGUUCAGGAAGGGAUCUCCGAGCUGGUCGGUCAUGGUGGAGGCUUUGAGAGCCCCCAGUAUGGAGAGGGAAGACCUAAUUUAUAAGAUAGAGAAUAAACACCACUAACUAAAUUAGUUUAGCAGCGUAAAAAGUGUUGUUAUUUAGCUCACGUUUUGUAUCCUUUUUACAUGUAGCUAUAUAUAUCCAAAGAAUUUUUUACGAACCACA